AUGGUUAAAGAUACAGGGUAUUAUGAUGUGCUAGGUGUGCAGCCAACCGCAACUCCAGCGGAGAUCAAGAAGGCCUAUCGUAGAAGAGCAAUGCAAACUCAUCCAGAUAAGCAUCCGGAUGAUCCUGAGGCUCAGGCUAAGUUUCAAGAGGUUGGUGAAGCUUACCAAGUCCUUAGUGAUCCUGGAUUAAGGAGUAGAUAUGAUGAAUUUGGGAAAGACGAAGCUGUGCCACAACAAGGGUUCGAAGAUGCCAACGAAUAUUUCACAGCCAUAUUCGGGGGUGAUGGAUUUAAAGACUGGAUUGGUGAAUUUUCUUUGUUUAAAGAAUUUAAUGAAGCUUCUGAAAUGUUUGACGAGAAAAAUGACGAUAUGACAAAUAAGCCUCAAUCAGAACAUACAGGGGUAAUUCCACAUGAAGGUGAUAAACCUGGCAAGAAAGCAGACAAAAUGACAAAAGAGCAACGUGAAAAAUUACUUGAAUUGGAGAAAAAGAGAAGAGAAGAAAUGUCAAAGCAAGUUGAUGAACUAUCGAAAAAAUUGAACGCAAAGAUUGACGAAUACCUCAUAGCUGUUAAGGAAAAUCAUCUGGAUGACUUUGUUCGUAAAUUGGACCAAGAAAUUGAGGAACUAAAGUUAGAAAGUUUUGGUUUAGAAUUGCUUUAUUUGAUUGCUAAAGUCUAUAAGACAAAGGCGAAUAACUUUAUUAUUUCCAAGAAAACUUACGGCUUUUCUAGGAUAUUCACCGGUACUCGUGAGAAUGCUAGAACAGUAAAGUCCACCUACAACUUACUGUCUACUGGAUUAGAAACCCAGAAGGCAAUGGAAGAGAUGAGUAAAGUUAAUCCUGAUGAACUUGAUGCUUAUGAACGUGUGAAAUUUGAAUCUAUGAUGGCAGGAAAGGCGUUAGGUAUGAUGUGGGUCAUGUCCAAGUUUGAGUUAGAGAGAAAAUUAAAGGAUGUGUGUAGUGCCAUCUUAAAUGAUAAAAAAGUUCCAUCCAAGAUUCGUAUUGCAAAAGCUAAAGCCAUGCUCUUUAUAGCGGAUAAAUUUUCCAAGGCCAGAAGAACUCCUGAAGAAGCAGAGGAAGCACGUGUAUUUGAGGAAUUGAUUUUAGGUGAACAAGAAAAAGAGAGAAAGAGGGGAAUUAAAAUAAAAGUUACUAUAUGA